AUGUCGGAAGCUAAAAAAGAGCAACCAGAUAUUCGUUUGUCUUCCGAUCCAAUUAUACGAAAAUCAUUGUGUUCGAACGAGAAAUCAAUCAAUUGUAUUGAAGAUUUAUCGAAUGAAAUCUUCUAUGAAAUAUUUGAUUAUCUCGAUGGUUAUGAUGUUUAUAACGCAUUUUCAAAUCUUAAUAAUUCUUUUGAAAAUCUUCUUAUUAAGUCUUCACUUCUUAUGAAAAUUCAAAUUUCUUCCACAUCUGAAUUUGAUUAUCAUUAUAAAGAAUUAAUUAAUUUAAACAAACAUCAUAUUCUUUCAUUUCAUUUUAAUAAUGAAUUAAUUCUGGGCACAAUCAUGCAAUCAAGUCUUUCUCAUUUAACUGUUUGUUUGAACCAUUGUUCUACGAAUGUUGGUAAAAUUUAUUCAAUGGUUUUUAAAUUACCUUUAUUAAAGUAUUUCAAAUCGGUAAUAUCAGAUUAUCCAGCAUCCGAUCUUACCUUACCAAUUGCAACAAAAGGGCGAUAUUCUUCAAUUGAAUAUUUAUGUAUGUAUCAUUUUUUCACUCUUGAUCAUCUUCCUCAUUUACUUUCUUAUCUACCUCCACUUAUUUAUUUAAAUUGUUUUGACAUAUUUCAAUCAAAUGUUGUUGUACAAUUUGAUAUAUUAACUCCAUUGAUGAAUUUGAAACAUCUAUCAAUUAGUGUACAUAAUCUUACAUUUGAUCGAUUUGAAAAAUUUCUUAUAAAAAUCUCGUCUCAAUUAAGAUUGUUAAGUGUUAAAGUUCAAGGUAUCAAUAAGAAUUAUUUAGAAGCUGAUCGAUAG